CGAGGAGUGAGGACCAUGUAUAGGCGCCGCUCUCAGUGUUGCCCUGGUUACUUUGAGAGUGGAGACUUGUGUGUUCCUCUGUGUACAGAGGAGUGUGUGCAUGGCCGCUGCGUGUCUCCUGAUACGUGCCAGUGUGAGCCCGGAUGGGGAGGACUGGACUGCUCCAGUGGCUGUGAGAGUGACUUCUGGGGACCUCACUGCAGUAAUCGGUGCCAGUGUCGAAACGAGGCCAAGUGUAACCCCAUCACAGGGGCUUGUGUUUGCACCGACGGGUACCAGGGGUGGCGCUGCGAGGAACCCUGUGAGCACGGUUACUACGGCAAGGCGUGCCAGUUGCCCUGCCAGUGUCUCAAUGGAGCCACCUGUAACCACGAGACAGGAGAGUGCAUUUGUCCGCCCGGGUACAGUGGAGCUUUCUGCGGAGAGAGCUGCCCCUCCGGUAGUCACGGGCCUCAGUGUGAGCAGCGCUGCCCCUGUCAGAAUGGAGGAACGUGCCACCACAUCACCGGAGACUGUUCCUGCCCCGCCGGGUGGACGGGCUCAGUGUGUGCCCAACCCUGCCCUCUGGGCAAAUACGGCAUCAACUGCAGCAAAGACUGUUCCUGUCGCAACAGCGGCGUGUGCGACCACGUCACGGGGAAGUGCCACUGCGCAGCUGGCUUCAGCGGACGCAGAUGUCAAGAGGACUGUCCAGUGGGCACCUACGGCACACAGUGUAACCAAAAGUGUGAGUGCCAGAAUGGUGCCAAGUGUCACCACAUCAAUGGAGCUUGUCUGUGUGAAACAGGCUUUAAAGGUCCCAAUUGUCAGGAAAGAUUCUGUCCACCGGGUCUCUACGGUCUCAUCUGUGACAAGUUCUGCCACUGUAAUACCUCCAACACCGCCAGCUGCCACCCUCUUUCUGGUGAAUGCACUUGCUCUGCUGGAUGGACGGGGCUUUACUGUAAUGAGACCUGUCCGCCUGGGUUCUAUGGCGACGAGUGCAGUCAGUUCUGUAGCUGCACCAACGGGGCCGACUGCCAUCCUGUCACAGGUGUCUGUACCUGCGCUGCUGGCUUCAUGGGGGAGGACUGUGACACUGCGUGCCCUCAGGGUGUGUUCGGACCGAGCUGCAUGUCCACAUGUUCUUGCCACAAUCAGGCGUCCUGCUCUCCCAUCGAUGGCUCCUGCGUCUGCAAUGAAGGCUGGCAGGGUGUGGACUGCUCCAUCCCUUGCUCCAGUGGUACAUGGGGCUUGGGCUGUAAUCAGACAUGCUUUUGCAACAACGGAGCUGCAUGUGACCCCGUAGACGGCACCUGCUCUUGUUCUUCUGGGUGGAGAGGGGAGCGCUGUGACGAGUCCUGCCCUGACGGCACCUACGGGUUGGAGUGCCGUGAACACUGUGACUGCAGCCACGCUGACGGCUGCGACCCCGUGUCUGGCUCGUGUCGCUGCUACCCCGGAUGGACAGGAAUCCACUGUGAUAAUGUGUGCCCACAAGGCUUCUGGGGACCCAACUGUUCAGUCAGCUGUUCCUGUCAGAACGGCGGGUCCUGCUCUCCCGAGGACGGCACAUGUGUGUGCGCACCUGGAUACAGAGGCACCACCUGCAAAAGAAUCUGCUCUCCUGGGUUCUACGGCCACCGCUGCAGCCAGUCGUGUCCACAGUGCGUGCACAGCACCGGCCCGUGCCAUCACGUCACCGGCCACUGUGAGUGCCUCUCUGGCUUCACGGGUUCUCUGUGCAACCAAGUCUGUCCAAGCGGAAGGUUCGGUAGGGCUUGUGCUGAGGUUUGCCUCUGCACCAACAAUGGCACCUGCAACCCCAUUGAUGGCUCCUGCCAAUGCUUUCCCGGUUGGACAGGAGGGGAUUGCUCACAGGCCUGUCCCUCUGGACACUGGGGCCCCGACUGUCUCAACUCGUGCAACUGUCACAACGGAGCCCAGUGCAGUGCCUACGAUGGGGAGUGCAGGUGCAGCUCGGGUUGGACUGGUCUCUACUGCACACAGAGCUGUCCUUCAGGGUUCUACGGAAAGGACUGCGCCGAAGUCUGCCACUGCCAGAAUGGAGCAGACUGCGACCACAUCACUGGCCAGUGUGUUUGCCGAACAGGCUUCACUGGGAUAAGCUGUGAGCAGAAGUGUCCCGCAGGUACAUUUGGAUACGGCUGCCAGCAGCUGUGUGAGUGCCUGAACAAUGCUACCUGUGACUAUGUGACUGGAAUGUGCUACUGCAGCCCUGGAUAUAAAGGCAUCCGCUGUGAUCAAGCAGCUCUGAUGAUGGAGGAGCUCAAUCCGUACACUAAGAUUAGCCCGGCACGGGGCUCGGAGCGCCAAUCGGCAGGGGCCGUCAUGGGCAUCAUCUUCCUACUCCUCAUCAUCAUGGCCAUGCUUAGUCUGUUUGUGUGGUACCGGCAGAGGCAGAGGGACAAGGGUCACGAGAUCCACCCCAGUGUGUCCUACACACAGGCAAUGCAGAUUAACAACACUGACUAUUCUCUGUCCGAGUGUGGCAGUACUGUGGCAAUGAGGACCAGCGGAUCUGAGAUCAGUCAGAGCCAGAACAGCACCAGCAGUGGUGGCCAGUGCUUCUCCAACCCCAGUUACCACACUGUUGCCCAGUGCAACGUGGUCUCCACCAUCUCCAGCAACCUGGAUGGCACUCUGACACUCAAAUCAAGCACAUUAAAGGGCAGAAACAGCUCUGAAUGGAGAGCCUACUGCAGCCGUAAUGACAUAGAGGUUCAGCAGGGUGAUGUACAGACACAAAGAGGCUCAAGAAAAGUUUCUGCAGAUUACAUCAAAAGCUCCCUGUGCAGCAACAGCUCCUGCUCCCUGAAUAGUGAUAAUCCAUAUGCCACCAUUAGAGACCCACCCAAGUUGGCUUGCAAGCACACAGAGAACAGCUACGUUGAGAUGAAAUCCCCUUCCCACCGUGAAGUGCCCUUCGGAGGUACAGCCACCCUCCUGGGCACUGUGAGCAGGAACAUCUAUGAAGUUGAACCAACUGUGAGCAUCCUGCAGGGACCUAAUGGAAUGGCCACUGGCUUCUCCCAGACCCCCUAUGACCUUCCUUGCAGCAGCCACAUCCCCAGCCACUAUGACAUUCUGCCCAUGCAUCACAGCCCCAAACAAACACCCCCACCACCCCCAGAAAGCCCCAGUUCUUUGCUCUAA